UUUAAAAAAUCGAUGUCAAAAAAUUCGGAAUAAUUGAAAUUCUUAGAUAAUUUUUAGAAUGUUACAGAUUACUCUUUGAUUAUUUUAAAGAUUUCAAAGGUUCUUCAAACUAUUCCGUGCAUAGUUCAUAGUGACUUCUUACGUACUUAUGUUGAUGAAACUUGAUUAUCGGAGGCUUGAAAGUUUGAAACCUAUUCUUUUACUCAUCUUUAGUACGUAGUUCACUGUUUACCGUUUACGAAGAGACAAAAAAUUGGAUUUUCAGGCUGCAAGAAGACAAAAGUCCAACCAUCGUCAAGUGGAAAUCUGAACUGGACCUGUCGCAUGUAUUACGUGGAAGCAGUCUAGCUGCUUUUAGCGACCAUGGCAAUUACGCUGACCAUUCCUUCCACAUAUGGCUGUAGUGAAAGACUUUCAGCAGCCGCCAAACGAUGGAGAUUUUUACGACGUUUGAAGCGCUAUGACCAAAUGGAUUUUCAGUUCGCUGCGUGGCAGAUGGUCAAUCUUAUCAUUGCUCCCCGGAAAGUUUAUCGCCACUUUGUUAGUCGCAAAGAGACAAAGAAUCAGUUUGCCCGUGAUGAUCCUGCUUUUCUGGUUUUGUUUGCUGGAUUUCUGUGCCUGUCUUCGGCUUUGAUGACCGUGAUGUUUCACCAUGGCCCGGUGCAGUUUUUGGGAUACGUGGCUGGUUUUUUCAAACUCCUGGCCUGGACAGUGUUUGUGGACUGCAUUGGGACGGGCUUAUUGAUUGCCACCGCCUUAUGGACAUUGACAAAUCAUUUAUUUCGCAGUGAUCUGACGCAGGAUGUUGAGUGGGGUUAUUCGUUUGACAUACAUCUGAAUGCAGCGUUCCCGUUUUUGGCCUGCAUUCACGUUGUGCAGCCUCUCUUCUAUGAAAACGUGUUAAACUCGACAAAUCUGUUGUCGGUGUUUUUGGGUGAUACUAUUUAUCUGCUGGCCUGUUCGUAUUAUGUGUACAUAACAUUUUUGGGAUAUUCCUCCCUUCCAUAUCUUCGGAAUACGAAAAGAUUUUUAACGCUUCUUCCUCUCUUGUUAGCGACGUAUGUUGUUUGCAUAGUAAUGCAAUGGAAUAUUUCUCGCACUGUUGUCAGCCUUUAUCAGUCUGUUUUUGCUCUUUAGAGAUUUUUUUAUUUAUUUCGAUAAAAAAAUUUGUUAAGUUUUUCGCUAAUUUGUUCGGCGAUUGCAAUAAAAUGCACUCGUGA